ACACACACACACAGAGACGGGCACACACACGGAGACGGACACACACAGACAGACACACACUGGGAGGGGGAGUUCCUCUUGCACGUCCUGUUCUCUCAGAAGGUAAAACGCUGCUGGAUGACGAGCAGCUGCAGAGACUCUCACAUCUGGACCAGUAGCUCCUCUUCUUCACACUCCUGCUCCUGCACCUCCUGCUCCUCCUCUGCUCCUCAUCCUCCUCAUCCUCACCAGUGGAACCAGUGGAACCAGAGGAACCAGAGGAACCAGUGACCCAGUCCAGAGACCAGCAGGAACCAACCCGUCCGUCGGAGAUGCCUUCGGACGUCGGGACAGCGAAGCCUGGGGGCGUGAUUGCCUACAUUUCCUCUGGCUCCGCCUCCAGCCCGGAGUCCUUUCUGAGCACCAGCCCGAGCCGCGGCUACAUGUCCACGUCUCCGCCUCCGGCCCGCCCCUCGCUGCCCAGCCGGGCCGUGGGCAUGGUCGUGGACAUCGCUCCGCCGGCCAAGGGCGGCCACCUGCGCGGCCACGGCACGGAGAAGGCCGGGCGCUCCUCCACGGCGGCCAAGAGCAGCAUCACCAAAAUCAACGGCAUGGUGCUGCUGUGCAAAGUGUGCGGCGACGUGGCGUCGGGAUUCCACUACGGCGUGCACGCCUGUGAGGGCUGCAAGGGUUUCUUCAGGAGGAGCAUCCAGCAGAACAUCCAGUACAAGAAGUGUCUGAAGAUGGAGAACUGCACCAUCAUGAGGAUCAACAGGAACCGCUGCCAGCAGUGCCGCUUCAAGAAGUGUCUGUCGGUCGGCAUGUCCAGAGAUGCCGUGAGAUUUGGCCGCAUCCCGAAGCGGGAGAAGCAGAGGAUGCUGCUGGAGAUGCAGAACGCCAUGAACAACAUGAUGAGUAACAACAGCCAGCUGCACAGCAUGCUGCACGGCCACCAGAGCCCCCCCCUGCCCAUGGAGGCCGCCACGGGCCACGCCAGCUCCCCGGUCUCCUCUUCCUCCUCCUCCUCUUCCUCCCCUUCUGCUUCCGACUCCACGUCCUGCUCCAACCCCUCGUCGCCGCAGUGCCCGCAGGACUCGGAGUCCGUGGUUUCCAUGGACACCAACUCCAGCUCCGCCUCCUCCUGCUCAUCGGACAGCGGCGAGGACGAGUCGGCGCUCACGACGAGCCGGCCGCACCAACACGCCUUAGAGUUCAGCCAGCAGAGGUCGCAGAGACAAGGUCAGGGGUCGGCCUCGGCGGGAACCGUUGCCCUGGAGACCAGGUGCGAGGGGGGGCAGCAGGAGAACUGGAACACGUGGAACAACAACAGCGCAGCGGUGGGAGGUUUCCAGCACGGCUCUUACAGUAACAGCCAACACGUCACCAACGCUGCUUUCAGGGACGAGAGGGGAGGUUACCAGCAGCAGCAGCUCAGCAGCGCCCCUAGCUGCCAACGCUCAGAAGACAGGCAGAGUCGGCUGGAGUUUCCAAGCAGCUGCGUGAACAACACAGCACAUCUGGUCUGUCCCAUGAACUCCUCCCCCUACGUGGACCCCCACAAGCCCAGCCAGGAGGUGUGGGAGGAGUUCUCCCUGAGCUUCACCCCGGCCGUGCGGGACGUGGUCGACUUCGCCAAGAAGAUCCCAGACUUCCGUGACCUUCCCGAGCGCGACCAGGUCAGCCUGCUGAAGGCGGGAACCUUCGAGGUGCUGAUGGUCCGAUUCGCCUCCCUGUUCAACGUGGUCGAGCGGACCGUGACCUUCCUGAGCGGGAAGCGCUACAGCCUGGACACGCUGCGCUCGCUGGGCGCCGGCGAGCUGCUCAACUCCAUGUGCGAGUUCAGCGAGAAGCUGGCGGCGCUGCGGCUCGACGCCGACGAAAUGAGUCUCUUCACCGCCGUGGUGCUGGUCUCCGCCGACCGCUCAGGGAUCCAGGACGUGAACGCGCUGGAGCUCCUGCAGGACAAGCUGAUCCGGGCUCUUCGGAACCUGGUGAUCCAGAACCGCGGCGAGGAGGCGUCGACCACGUUCACCAAACUGCUGCUCAAGCUUCCCGAGCUGCGUUCACUCAACAACGUGCACUCAGAGGAGCUGCUCUCCUUCAAGGUGCACCCGUGAACCCGUGAACUCUUCCGGGAGGAGACGCACACCUCCUCCUCCACCUCCUCCACACACCUCCACCUCCACCAGGACCUGCCUCUCUCUCCACCCCCCCCCCCCACCGGCUGCCCUCUGUACUCGACAAACCCAGUUUGUUUCUAGAAUGCAUUGAAAAAUUAUUUUAUAUUCUAUUUUUGUUAAGUCGACCACGUAGGGUCUGAAGAGAGAAGAGUUUAAACAAGACGUACUGUAUUCAUCGGAGCUCGCUCGCGCUCGCUGCACACGCAAGUGCACGUGUGUCCGAGGAGCUUAGUCUCUACCUUCAAGUGACAGAAGAGAGAGAACUUCACUGGCUUUAACAAAAGAUAGACUAGAAGCUGAUUAGUCCAUAUGAGCGUUUGUUAGAGUUUACGUUUCCUCAAAAAGCCAUUUAAUUCCAAAGUGUAUUCUCUGAUGAGCGGGUGAAUGUGAGGAACUGAACCCGUACACGUGCAUGUGUGUUUGGUCCGGCAGGAAAAGCAAAAAGCUCCCGGACGAUAUAUCGCAGAAUGUGUGACGACCGCUGCUAAUGCAUGGCUGUACUUAACCCCCCCCCCCCACCCGGUCUCAGAAAGCAUCAGUUCUUUGUUUCAUUGUGUGUAUAGUGUUGUCUGUUGUGUUCACGCUUGGUGAUGAUCUGGGGGAGUCGAUGAUUUGCACAAACUCCUGGCGCAGAAAAACCCAAGUAACACAACCCAGCAGAUGGUGUGACUCAGCAUCGUGUCGAGUUCCGUGUCGAC